GCCAGAAGUCGUGACGAUCCUCUGCGCCUUGCCGGCCUUUGCUGUGUGUGUACCGUUUUUCGCCAGUGCGCCAGCAGACGUGUUAUUGUCCAGUGGGAUAUUUGCAUUCGUUCAGUUUUUCGUCCGGCCUUAUUUGUCGUGCUAUUUGGGGGCGAAAGAGAAAAAAUAAAAUAAAAGCGCGAAGCGCGAGUUGGAUGUACAAAAACCACCGUUUGAAGCCACUUCUUCCGAAGGGAAACCGAUUCUCGCGCAAUAUACAUUUAUUCGAUGCGUAGCAGUAAUUAAUUUUUCUGACAGUGUUGCUUCAUAUCAGUGGUAUACAAAUUUAUUGUCGGCGUGGGCGAGAAGAUGAGUUCAACUGAAGCGCGGCAGAUUGUUUGGAAUUAAUUUGGAGUUUUUAAUUAGCAGCUUUUUUGGGAAGGGAAUUUACCAAUAACAUUAACGGGAAAAGAACGUUGUCGAAAAGAGUUUUCUGUGCGAGCAAAAGUAUAUAGAGCUUAUUUUUCAGUAAAAUUCCUCGCAACUAUACCGUUUCCCGCCAUCAUGGAGUUUAUUCCGAAUAAAGACGACGACACUAAAAUGGUCUCCAAAGUAGUUAGUUUUGAUGAGGUUGUUAAAACAUCAAUUGAAACAUUCCGUAACACAUUCGGCUCGGAUCCGGACGUUGCUGCCUGUGCACCGGGCCGUGUCAAUUUAAUUGGGGAGCACGUGGACUACAACGAUGGCUUCGUCCUGCCAAUGGCCUUGCCAAUGGUGACGGUUAUAGUUGGCAAGAAAAAUGGAACCCCUUCAAACUGUGAUGUACUAACUUGUUUCGAAGGAACAGACGAGGACAAACGAGCUCAAUUUGAUAGCAGCAGCAUUGCCAAGGGAAUACCCAAAUGGCUUAACUAUAUAAAGGGCGUUAUGUUCCACUACGGUCAAACGAUACCGGGCUUUAAUGCUGUGGUAAAUUCCAACGUCCCAGUGGGAGGUGGCCUCUCCAGCAGUGCCGCACUCGAGGUAGCCACAAUGACAUUUUUGGAGCAAUUGACGGGCAAAAAAAUUGAAAGGUCAAGUGAUAAAGCAUUAAUUUGCAUGAAAGCGGAACACACUUUCGCCAAUAUGCCUUGUGGGAUCAUGGAUCAGCUCAUCUCGGUGUGCGGGCAAAGGAACCGAGCGCUGUUGAUUGACUGCCGCAAUCUCAUCACCCAGCAGAUCCCGUUCGACGCAGCAAGACUAGCGGUAUUAAUCUGCAACUCGGGCGUGAAACACGAACUGUCCACCACCGAGUAUCCGGCCCGGCGGAAACAGUGCCAGCAAGCACUGGAACUGAUGGGACUCAAGAGCUAUCGGGAUGCCAACGAAAGAUCUCUGAAUGCGCUGAUAUGUGCUGAUGAAGUGCUAUUGAGGAGAGCUCGCCAUGUCAUCACCGAGAUCAAGCGAACGGCGUUCGCGGCUGAGAUGUUGAAGGCGAACAACUUCGAACAGAUGGGAAAAUUAAUGACCGAAUCACAUAAAUCAUUGCGCGACGAUUUCGAGGUGUCGUGCCAUGAGCUGGAUAUUUUGGUGGAAGCCGCACUUGGGGCGCCCGGUGUGUUGGGUUCACGGAUGACCGGCGGAGGAUUUGGCGGCUGCACCGUAACCCUGCUCCGGAAGGAUUCCAUCGAGGAUGCCGUCAAGGAGAUCGAUACGAUUUACUCGCGCAAAGUGGGGGGCAAAUAUCGGGCCCGUUUCUUUCUGGCUGAACCCGCUGACGGGGCACGAAUAAUUAAUUUGAAUAAUUACUAACGAUGAUAGUGGGCCGCAGGGCACUGGGUGGAUGCUAUCCACUGGUGCGACUAGAAUGUGGCUUGAUUAAGGGCAAAUGAGAAUAAAUUGGCGAGUCGUUGAAGCGAAUAGA